GAAAAAAAGAAAAGGAAAGAAAGAGAGAGAGAGAGAGAGAGAGAGUGAGAGAAAUAGAAGGAAGGAAGGAAGGAAGGAAGGAAGGAUGGGUGAGAGAGAGAAGGAGGACAGAAGCAGCACUCCACCAAACUUCUCGUGGGUGGAUAUGGAGAAGGUAGCAGGCAUGGCAUGGCCCUGCAGAUCAGCACAUUACCGCUUCUUACUGGAGAAAGGGAUUAAACACCUGGUGUGUUUGUGUGAAUCCAAACCUCCUGAUCACGAGAGCUGUCCAGAUCUCACACUGCACCACAUCCCCAUGGUGGACUUCACUCCCCCAAGCCCGAGUCAGAUCCAGACCUUUAUCUCCAUCACUGAAUAUGCCAACACUGGACAGGCGGUUGCUGUACACUGUAAACACGGCCACGGCCGCACAGGAACCAUGCUGGCCUGCUACCUGGUGAAGACGAGGAAGAUCUCUGGAGCAGAGGCGAUAAAAACCAUCCGAUCGAUUCGUCCCGGAUCCAUAGAGACGCCCGAGCAGGAGAGAGCCGUGCUGGAGUUUCAGAAGUUCUUCAGUCAAAACACUGCUCUCUAAACACCAUCAAACAGCUACACACACAUCUUAUAGUAGUAUUCAAUCUCUGUGUGUGUGUGUGGGGAAGAUGUCUCUCUGUGUUGACCACAAUGUUAUUCAGAUCUCGCAUCGUAACAGAUUUAUCCCAAACCACGCCCCUUUCCCCUCUGUCCCACCAAUCAGGAUCAAUUAGAUUUGCAUAAUAAUCAAGAAUGAUUGACAGGUCAUUUGAACUCCCUUGGAAGCCACACCAUUUUUCUUCUAACUUUAAUUUCUGUUUUUUUCUUUAACGGCAAUAAUAAUAAUAAUAAUAAUAAUAAUAAUAAUAAUAAUAAUAAUACACAAAAUUGAACUCACACCUUCCUGUAAAUUUUCCGACGAGGAUUUUUCCCACCUGAUGUAAUUCAUUCAUAUAAAUAAAACUUUUUUUUUUUUUUAAAUCAAUAAACAAUUUCUUUUGUGAUUUUCA